AGGCAAUAGUGAAGGCGUUUCUCAACACUUCAUACUUUUAUGGAGUUUUCAAUGGUAUCUAAAAUUAGACUUCAAUUCACUUUUGCUCUCAUUUUCUCAUUUAAAUCAAGUGUUGCUUCAAAUUAAUUGCACAUAACUAUGGAGGACACGGAAUGGACGGAUAUAUUGAAGAAACACGGAAUCAUUAAAUCUGAUCCCAAACCAGAGGCCAAAGAAGAGGAGCCGGAAGUCUGCACUUUAGAGAGAAAACUCUUAGACAUCAACAGUGAAGACGAUUUGCUUGAUUUGGACGAAAGCGAUGAAUAUGUGAUGAGAGAGUAUAGGAACCGACGAAUGGCCGAAAUGCGGGCCAAGAGUUUGAUUCCGACGUUUGGAGACGUGAGGGAAAUCACGGCAUCUGAUUACGUGCAACAAGUCAACGGUGCCGGACAUGACAUCGAGGUCGUCCUAUUCCUCUACCAGUCCGGUAUCCCCGAAUGCAGUAUUUUAUCGAAAAUCAUAACCGAAUUGGCGGUCAAAUACCCGAACACCAAAUUCCUGAAGAGCAUCGCCUCCCUAUGUGUGGCCAACUUCCCCGACAGCGGACUACCGGCGCUAUUCCUCUAUAAGAACGGCGCCCUUAAGAAGCAACUAAUCGGUGCCCAAACUUUUGGCGGAAAAGAUAUCAACUUUAAAAGUGAGUUACUUUGC